UGGCUAGCUAGCUGGUCAUUAUCGUCUGAUGUUUGUUUUCUGUGCAUGUAACUUACUGUUAAUUUAUCGUUAAACACUCAUUUUAAAGAGAAAACUUUAGCAAUUCAUAUGCAUUUUCUGAUCAAGCAGGCCAACGGGUAAUCUGAGGCUGGCUGAGUGCACCCACCUGCUGCUGCCAUAUUCCUCUCACUGAUGUUGGGUGCUGAGACUGCCUGGAGAGCAACAUGAAGGAUACUUUCAUAGUUUAUCAACCAUGAAUCAAGUCUGAGGAAGAAAAAUAUCCCUGCCCUUGAACAGGACAACCGGUGCAGUGUGACUUCCCUGUUUCAUAGUUCAAGAGCUGCUUUAUUAUGAACCAUGGACCAGGGCACAGUUGACAGCCCCGUUACUCUUGUCAUUAAGGCACCCAACCAGAAGUAUGAUGACCAGACCAUCAAUUGUUUUUUGAAUUGGACAGUAGAAAAGUUGAAAAAACACAUAUCCAAAGUGUAUCCUAGCAAGCCGUUAUCCAAGGAUCAGAGACUUGUCUAUUCUGGACGGCUUCUUCAGGAUCACUUGCAAUUGAGGGAUGUGCUAAGAAAGCAAGAUGAAUACCACAUGGUCCACCUGGUGUGUGCGUCACAAAGCCCCCCGUCAUCCCCCACUUCCAGUAGCCCUGUUAGCACCAACGAUUCCAGCUCUUCAAUGUCAGACAGUACAGGUCCAUCCUCCUCAUCUUCUACCCCAAGUCAAGAAACUCCAGCCAACUCUGAUGGUCUGCGGCACCGGGGGAACCCAACACAAACACAUGGCCUCAAUCCUGCCCCUACUGGUGUGAUGCAGAGGCCUGAAGGAAUGCCUCUUCCCAUGCAAGGUGGUCCCGCUGCUGGCUUCCCCGCCCACCCUAUGUACAUGCCGAUGCAAAUGUUUUGGUGGCAGCAGAUGUAUGCCCGCCAUUAUUACAUGCAGUAUCAUGCAGCUAUGGCAGCCUCCCGGGCGUCCAACGUGGCCCCGUUUCCCGCUCCCAGUGCUGGCCCCACCACUCAGCCAGCUCGACCUAACGAACCUGCAGCCCCUAUGGGGCCCAACCCCGCCCCCGAGGACCGUCCUGCCAACCCCAACAUCCAGAUGAAUGCUCAGGGAGGAGCCAUGUUGAACGACGAUGAGCUCAACCGAGACUGGCUGGACUGGAUGUACACCGUGUCACGUGCUGCCAUUCUGCUCAGCAUCGUCUAUUUCUAUUCCUCUUUUGGCCGCUUUGUCGUGGUGAUCGGUGCCAUGCUGCUGGUUUAUCUGCACCAGGCUGGCUGGUUUCCCUUUAGAGCAGAACUACAGAAUCCAAGAGCUGGAGAAGACCCGCAAGACGAGGCUGAGCAAAAUCAGGAUAUGCAAGAGAUGGAGCGUAUGAUGGAUGAGGGAAUGGAGGAUGACGAGGGGGACAGCGGGGAGGAAGGUCCUGAAGAUCCCCUGAACGCAGACCCGCAUCAGCCGGGCUUCCUGUCGGCCGCUUGGUCGUUCAUCAGCACUUUCUUCACCUCCCUCAUCCCUGAGGGACCUCAACAAGCUGCCAACUGAACUCGGAUGUCUCCGCAUUGUUUGUGGACUGUGGAGAGAAGAAAUCGACGAUAGACAUAAAAAAAUAGUAAUAAAACACAAAAACAAGUACAACAUGGUCUGCCAAGUCCUGGCAAGUCUGUAAUGCUGCUUCAAUGGUGUUCAAUUUUACCCCAUGCCAUUGCCUAACGCUUUUCUUCCCGCCUUUGUCAACAAGUCGGGAUGAGGUUUCAUGGAUGUGCUGUCCAUGUCGUUAUGAAAGACUUUUUUCUCAAGACUGGUUGAUAAACACAUAAGACCAUAAGACUUAGUGAAUCAUGCAGUUACUUUAGUGCAUAACUAUUUUUCUCCUCCUUGUGUGUAAAUAAAUAGUAAAUAUUUACAGAUAUGAAUAUAUGCAUCUCAUUGAAAUAAGGUGUGUUUUUGAAUAAAAUCAGGUUUUGGUUUCUUAUCCUA